UUUUACAAGAAAUACUGGGAUGUCCUCGGAGGGGACAUCCUAGACGUCUUCAACGAGAGUCUGGCCUCUGGUUCCAUGCCGAUGUCCUGCCGGAGGGCAGUACUAACGCUACUGCCAAAAAAAGGAAACCCGCAGGACAUCGGUAACUGGCGCCCUGUGUCUCUGCUGUGUGUGGAUUACAAGCUUCUGUCCAGGGUCCUCGCCUCCAGGCUGAGGGGAGCUAUGGAGCAGGUCCUCCAUCGGGACCAGACCUACUGUGUGCCCGGCAGGUCCAUGGUGGACAACGCCCACCUCAUUCGGGACGUUUUGGAGGUCUCCAGCUCGUUGGGCGAGGAGAGCCGUGCAGCGGGGCGCCACCGCCGUCAUCUUCGACGUGUCGGAGAACCCGGAUGCCAUCGACCAGCUCAACCAGCUGGGCGAGGACCCUCUGAAGCGGCCGGUGGUUUACGUGAAGGGCAACGACGCCGUGAAGCUCAUGAACAUCGUCAACAAGCAGAAAGUGGCUCGCGCUCGCAUCCAGCACCGCCCGCCGAGGCAGCCUACGGAGUAUUUCGACAUGGGCAUCUUCCUGGCGUUCUUCGUGGUCGUGUCGCUCGUCUGCCUCGUCCUGCUCAUCAAGAUCAAGCUCAAGCAGAGGAGGAGCCAGAGCUCGAUGAACAGAAUGGCCAUCCAGGCGUUGGAGAAGAUGGAGACGAGGAAGUUCAAGGCCAAGGGGAAGGUGCAGCGCGAGAGCGGAGGCUCUGAUUCGCUGAGCAGCAGCUCCACCGCCGACUGCGCCAUCUGUCUGGAGCGCUACGUCGACGGGGAGGAGAUGCGUGUGAUCCCCUGUGCUCACAGGUUUCAUAAGAAGUGUGUCGACCCCUGGCUGCUGCAGCACCACACCUGCCCCCACUGCCGGCACAACAUCAUCGAGCAGAAGAAGGGGAACCCCAGCCCGGAGUGCAUGGACCCCGGCAACCUGGCGCACGGCCGCCAGCGUGUGGUGCUGCCGGUCCAUUACCCCGGCCGGGUGCACCGCGCCGGCCAGGUGACGGCCUACCCCACCCGGACCAGCAUGGACCCCCACGGCAACCCCAUCACCAUGCUCACCAUGGACCAGCACGCGGCGGAUCCGCAGGUCCUGUACCCGCCCCAAUCGGCGUCCGCCUUCCUCCGGAGCUACCACCCGGCGCUCCACCUGGACCACGCGCUCAACCCCCACCACUGCGGCCUGGAGCACCGCGGCCCCCCCGCCUACCCGGCGCCGCCGCACCACGCGGCUUUCAAGCGGCCCAAGUUCCAGGGACGCAGCUUUUCCCGCGCCGCCUGCUUCUCGCAGUACGAGACGAUGUACCAGCACUACUACUUCCAGGGAUUGACUUUCCCCCAACCGCCGGGCGGCGAUGCCGGCCAAGGGCCCGCCGGCGCCGGGCAGCUUGGCGUCGGGGCCCACAAGGGCCACCACGGCCGGGCCUUCCAGCAGGGUCUGCUGUACCCUACGGUGGUCCACAUGGCUCCCGCCUCUUCGUCGCGGAUCGCCGGCGGCGACGGCGCUUCCGGCCUGAGCUGCUACCACGGCCACCGCUCGGCGUGCAGCGGCUACCUCGCCGACUGCCCCGGCAGCGACAGCAGCAGCAGCAGCUCGGGCCAGUGCCGCUGCUCCUCCAGCGACUCCAUGCUGGACUGCACCGAGGUCAGCAACCAGGGCGUCUACGGCAGCUGCUCCACCUUCCGCAGCUCGCUGAGCAGCGACUACGACCCGUACGUCUACCGGAGUAAGAGCCCGUGUCGGGGCUCCGCUGGGGAGGCGGCGGCGGCUCUCACCGCAGUUCCCGCCGAGGAACCGUCGCCGUCCCCCGGCUGCCUCCAGCUGCCUCCGAGGGCGUCGGGGUUCAGCUCGGGGGACCGCCUCUCCAACUGCAGCAGUCGCUCAUCACUGGAACACAGGGACAAUGGCAACACGAGCACUACCUCAGGCCGGGGGGGGAAAGGGGCCCUGGAGGAGUCGGGGGACCCUGGGGGGGCGGCGGCCUGCAGGUGUUGCUUCGAGGCGCUGCCUCCCAGCGUGGAGUGCAACAGAGGGCAGGACUCGGACCACGUGGGGCCGAUGGCCACGGGGCGCUUCCACCGGGCGGUUGACUUUCAGAGCUCCGCCUCCAAGAACUACUUUGCCCCCGAGCGCCUCAUGCGGCCGUCCUCGGAGCAGGCGAGCUACGAAGGGCUGCCCUGCUGCUUCUACAAGGAGAUGAAGGCUCACCGGGCGGCGGCGGCGGCGGCGGGCCGCUACGUCGAGGACUACGCCAUCAACGUGCAGUACGCACACGCCGACUCGGAGGCCUGCUGCGAACCCAACCAGAGGAUACCCAUAAUCCCCGAGGACACGGACUGUGAACUGGGCGCGGCGGCGGAGACCCCGAGCGGUCUGCCGCCCGGCGGUGUCGCGGCGGAGGCCGAUGUGCGGACACGGGAGGGUUGCUUCGCCUCGGGGGCGUCGGGAGGUCAGGCAGCGCACCCUCAGGAGGAGGCAGCGGCGCCGGUCGAGGCAGCGGUGGCCCGGGAUUUGUUUUCCGCGAGCGCCGCCGCAUCGGGAAGCAGCACUUCGCAGACGAUGGGGGUCCGGGUCUGUGAACUUGAAGGGACUUGAGAGUCUGUGUUUGGUAGCCGCCGAUCAGCCAUUGAAACCCUCAGCUGCCUCGUCUCACCUCUUCUCUCCGAGCGCUGAAUGUUAGCAUCUUCGAUUUGUGUGGAUUUCUACUGAGACAGCGUAUCACGGUCAUUCCUGUGGGGGCCGCCAGUGUCUUCAGGCACCAAGCGGUACUGCACGCGUGGAUGGAAGGUUGUCAACUGAACCUUUUGUUGUUGUUUUUUUUUAAGUAGGUCGUGACAGGCUGCCGGUACUUCGGCGCUACUCAGCGUGGGGCCCAUUUCUUGUGAGAAUUGUUUUUAAAAUAUUUUUAUCAAGAAAAAAAAAAAGAUAUCUCUAAUACUCCCGUCUUUUUUAGAUUUCUUUUUCUUUUUCUACCCCCCCCCCCCCCCCCCCAAAAAAACUUUUAAUUCACAAACAUCUACAUGUAUGCACACAUGAACACUGACUGCCUAUAAAUUCUCAACCACACACUCUAAUGGGUUGUAUGGACUUAGCUACACCACAACAGAAAGACAUGAUUGUUUUUUUAUUUUAUUUUAUUUUUAAAGCAGGGAAAUGGGUCUUUCUAAAGGUGUCUGUGACUCUGAGGAGAAGAAGCUAUACAUAUAUAGAUAUAUUUAUAUAUAUCUAUAUAUAUACAUACAGUAUAUAUAGAUAUAUAUAUGUAUAUAUAUUACAGAAGAAGAAAAAAUGCAUAGAAAUGUGAAUGCAAGGCUGACACUGGUCUAUUCAAUGUAAUACAGAAUUUGUUUUAUGCAUUGCAUUUCUGUCCAGAGGGAAAGCUGACGGUGUCUCGGGGUCACUACAUUUCUCCUCUAAAAAGUGUUUUCUUCUUUUUGUUGCUGUCAUACACCCAAUUGUUCCUCAAUGAGGCAUUCUCUAAGAAAUAUCUAGAACACAAUAAUAAUAAUAAAGGUUCAAGCAUGUAAAGGCCAAAGGAAAGUAGCUGGUAAAGACUCAUAUUUCAUAUUUCAUAAGGUUUUCUUAUUGUACUGUGACUUCUUUUUUUUUAACGAUCACAGCGUAUCCGUUUGAAUCAUAUCGUGCUGUAAAUAAUACACAAUGCUUUUUUUUCAUUCAUGCCUUUCUGUUUGUCCUGCAGACUGUUGUUAUACUGUUUCUAUGAAAUAUUCACAUUCUGAAAUAACAAUAUUUAUAAGUUAACCCAGUGCUGUAAUCAAGUGAGAAUCUAAUCUUGCCUUUUGCAUAGAGAGAUCUGUACCUUACUGCAAAUAUAACAUUUUGGGGUACUUGAGUCACUAUUUAAUUUUUUUAAUUGUUUCUAGCACUUAAGAAGAUUUUUAAAAAAUGUGUAAGAAAAUUAAUAUUUUUUAAUUUUUUAAGAAUAUAAUUAUUUUUUCCGUAAUUUUACCAUUUUACAAAUGUUUAAACAAAAAAGAAAAAGGAACGAAAAAGAGGCUAGAAAUCAAUCCGUGUAUAUUUCUGUACCUGUAUAGCAAAACACAUUUCAUGAAUGGAAAUAUGUUCUCUGAAUAUUUAUUUACUAAUAUAUUUAUCUUUGAAGCCAUGUCUGAUGUUCAGUGUAUGAACAUUUGAGUUAUUGGGUUGCUUUUUAUUUUUUGAGAAAAAAAAUCACUAACAUGACUUUGUAUAUACAUGGUAAUUGCACACAAGACGAUUAAAUCUUCUCUGACCAAAAAACUGAUUUAAAAAAACUUUAGUACCAUACAGUUUUGUAAUUAAAGUGUACAAAGAUCUGUAAAAUAUACAGUUUUAUUCAAGUAA